AUGACGAUUACACCUAAAAUCUCUGUCAAUGAUGGGAAUCUUGUGGUUCAUGGGAAGAUCAUACUCACUGGAGUGCCUGACAACAUUGCACUGACCCCAGGAUCAGGCGGGGGACUUGUUACUGGUGCAUUCAUUGGUGCUACAGCUUCAAAUAGCAAAAGCCUGCAUGUCUUCCCCGUCGGUGUCUUGGAGGGUGUUCGCUUCUUGAGUUUAUUCCGUUUCAAGCUGUGGUGGAUGACUCAGAGAAUGGGAACAUGUGGGAAGGACAUUCCUUUAGAGACCCAAUUCAUGCUCAUGGAGAGCAAAGACACUACGGAAGGCGAACAUGAAGAUGCCCCAACCAUUUAUACCGUCUUCCUGCCACUCCUUGAAGGCCAGUUCCGUGCCGUUCUUCAAGGCAAUGAGAAGAAUGAGUUGGAGAUCUGCCUUGAGAGUGGAGAUAUUGCUGUUGAAACCAACCAAGGACUUAAUCUUGUUUAUAUGCAUGCUGGGACAAAUCCUUUUGAAGUCAUCAACCAGGCUGUGAAAGCUGUUGAAAAACACAUGCAAACUUUUCAUCACCGAGAGAAGAAAAAGUUGCCCUCUAUUCUUGACUGGUUCGGCUGGUGCACAUGGGAUGCUUUCUACACCGAUGUGACCGCCGAGGGUGUUGAUGAAGGCCUUAAGAGCUUAUCUGAUGGAGGAACACCACCACGUUUCUUGAUCAUAGAUGAUGGCUGGCAACAGAUUGGUAAUGAGGCCAAGGAAGACCCCAAUUGUGUUGUACAAGAAGGAGCUCAGUUUGCAAACAGGCUAACAGGAAUAAAAGAGAAUGAAAAAUUCCAGAAGAAUGGAAAACUCGUCGACCUGGGAUCAGGCCUGAAGCAUGUCGUUGAAGAAGCCAAGCAACAUCAUAAUGUCAAGAAUGUUUAUGUAUGGCAUGCUUUAGCGGGUUACUGGGGUGGAGUGCAUCCCGCUGGUCCGGGCAUGGAACAUUAUGACGCUGCCUUAGCAUACCCCGUGUCGUCUCCCGGUGUACUAGGAAACCAACCUGACAUUGUUAUGGACAGUCUUGCGGUUCAUGGCUUGGGUUUGGUGCACCCAAAGAAGGUCUUCAAUUUCUACAACGAGCUUCAUGCCUAUCUGGCUUCAUGUGGGGUAGAUGGAGUCAAAGUCGAUGUGCAGAAUAUCAUCGAAACUCUGGGUGCUGGCUAUGGAGGUCGAGUUUCUCUUACACGAAGCUACCAUCAGGCACUCGAGGCCUCUGUAGCAAGGAAUUUUCCAGACAACGGAUGCAUUUCGUGCAUGUGUCACAAUACUGACGGGAUCUACAGUGCCAAACAGACUGCUAUAGUUAGAGCUUCUGAUGAUUUUUGGCCUCGUGAUCCUGCAUCUCACACCAUCCACAUUUCUUCCGUGGCUUACAACACACUAUUCUUAGGAGAAUUCAUGCAACCUGAUUGGGAUAUGUUCCACAGCUUACACCCAGCUGCUGACUAUCAUGCUGCUGCUAGAGCUGUGGGCGGAUGCACAAUUUAUGUCAGUGACAAGCCCGGUAACCACAACUUCGAGCUUUUAAAAAAGCUGGUGCUGCCUGAUGGAUCGGUUCUCCGUGCACAAUUGCCAGGCCGACCCACAGUCGACUGUCUAUUUGCUGAUCCAGCUAGAGACGGGACCAGCUUGCUUAAAAUUUGGAAUGUUAAUAAAUGUUCGGGAGUGGUUGGUGUCUUCAAUUGUCAAGGUGCUGGUUGGUGCAAGGUUGAAAAGAGGACACGUAUUCACGAUGCUUCUCCAGGUACUCUGACCGGUUCUGUCAAAGCCACUGAUGUAGACUCCAUAGCCCAAAUUGCUGGACCAGAUUGGAAUGGAGAUGCAGUAGUGUAUGCCUAUAGAUCAGGCGAGGUAGUUCGGUUACCAAAAGGUGCUUCACUGCCCGUGACGCUCAAAGUUCUCGAGUAUGAUCUUUACCACUUUUGUCCUGUGACGGAUAUUACAGCAAACAUUUCAUUUACCCCAAUUGGUCUGCUCAACAUGUUCAACUCUAGUGGUGCCGUGGAGCAUUGUGAAGUCCACUUGGCAUCUCAGAAGAAACCCAAGAACUUUGAUGGAGAGGUUGCCUCCGAUGGGCCUCUAAGCGCGGACAGGUCACCACAAGCUACUGUAGUUCUCAAGGUCAGGGGGGCUGGUCUCUUUGGGGUUUACUGUUCUCAGCGCCCACUGAAAUGCACUGUUGCCAAUAUCGAGACCCAGUUUCAUUAUGAAGAUGCAACUGGAUUGGUGACUUUGACAAUCCCUGUUCCCAAUGAGGAAAUGUUCAAAUGGCCAAUUGAAAUUCAAGUCUAA